AUGGAGAAAAUAAUCUCUCCUUAUCAAGCAGUUUAUGUCUCAGGUAGAUUAAUCAAUGAUAACACUAUCAUUUCUCAUGAGAUAAUACACUCUAUGAAGAAGAAAGACGGACAGAAUGGAUGGUUGGCACUCAAGUUAGAUAUGUCAAAAGCUUUUGACAGACUUGAAUGGCCUUUUAUUAUGAAGAUUCUCAAGAGUUUUGAUUUCAAAUCCACAAGAGGAAUUAGACAAGGUGAUCCCCUAUCUCCUUACCUUUUUAUUCUCGCUAUGGAAUGGUUUUCAAGGACUAUGGUAGCAACACAUCACUCAAACAGCAUUCAAGGGAUCUCAGUAGCUAGAGGAGCUCCACCAAUUAAUCAUUUGCUAUUUGUAGAUGAUUGCCUCAUUUUUACUCAUGCAAAUUUAACCAGUGUGAAUAAUCUCUUACAAGUCUUGCAGGAUUUUAGUUCACAAUCUGGUCAAGUCAUUAAUUUUGACAAAUCUUCCAUUCAUUACAACAACAACACGGACCCUGGGAUUUGUGACACUUUAAGCAACAUUCUAGGUGUUCAACCUAUGAAUAAAAAUGAGAAAUACUUGGGUUCUCCAUUAAUUAUUGGCAGAUCUAAAGUGAAAGCUUUUGAAGAUAUCCAAUUGGCAUUUGAAAGAAGGCUACGGAAUUGGCAAGGCACAACUAUGCACCAGUCUGGCAGAUCCACAAUGGUUAAAGCUGUUCUUAAUUCUAUACCCAUGUAUCAGAUGAGUACAUUCAAGAUGCCAAAACAACUGCUCAAGAAACUAGAUUCUAUACAAAGGAAAUUUUUUUGGGGAUACAAAACAAACAAAGGUAUAAAUCUUAUAGCUUGGCAAAACAUGUGCUUAUCUAAAGAUCUGGGAGGAUUAGCUUUUAGGGAUCUAAAAAUGCUGAAUCAUGCUCUUCUUGCUAAAUUAGCAUGGAGAAUACGCAAUAAUUCUAACCAUCUUCUUGGAAAUUUUCUGAAAGCAAAAUAUCACAAGCAUGAGGAUUUUCUACAUCUUUAUGGUGAAAGGAGCAAUUCUUCUUGGUUUGUUUUUGUCAGUGAGCUUAUUCAGACAAACUCCAAUGAUUGGGAUAUUCAACUGCUCAACUUAUUAUUCUCUCCUGAAAAUGUAGCUAGAAUCACUAGAAUGCAGCUAUCUCUUUCAGAAGAAGAUACCCUGAGAUGGUCCCCUUCAAAAGAUGGAAACUUUUCAGUUAAAUCCACUUAUAACAAACUAAUGGAGGUAAGGGUGCAAAAUCAAGUUGCGAUAUGCACAGUUCCUAAGCCUAUUUGGAAAGCACUAUGGAAAAUGAAACUACCACACAGGGUCAAGCUCUUCAUCUGGAAGUGUCUUAAAAAUGCUAUUCCAACAAGAAACACAAAUACUGCAGAUAAUGAAUACUGGAGAUCUUUGCUGAUGUUUGGCUGCUGGGUCAUUUGGAAGGAGAGAUGCGACUGCGUUUUCCAGGAUAAAGCUCUAAACCCCAACAAUACAGUUGCAAGAAUAAAGCAUUACAUGUCUCAACUAAGUUUCAAUCAUAUUAGGGUGAAUAGCUUAGAAGGAAAUCCUAUAACUAGCACAGGGAUUCCUAACAGUAGUUCUAGGGAUGUCAAUACCGUUAAAGUCUUUGUAGAUGCUUCUUUCAAUAACUUAACUAAUGAGUGUGGCACUGGCAUGGUUAUUUGUGAUUGUACAGGUGCAGUCACAGGUGUCAAAGGAUCCUAUGCAACUGGAGUAAGAGAUUCAGAGACAGGGGAGUGCAUGGCUGUAAUGGAAGCUUUAAGCUGGAUCAAAGAGAAGGGUUUCCAGAAGAUCGACAUUGUAGCUGAUGCUGAAACUGUCGUGAAACAUAUCACUAUGGAAGAACUUUUCGUUAGUUGGGAAAAUAGGAAAAUCAUUAGAAACAUUAAGUCCAUUUUAUCUUCUUUUAAUUUUUGCUCCAUCACUCAUGUUAAAAGAGGUGGAAUUUUUUUGGCUGAUCUCAUUUCUAAGAAAACUAGAAGGGAUAAACAGUCAAUGGAAGAGUUUUAUAACUCUGCCCUUUGUAUUGAAACUUUUUUAGAAAGGCAUAUUGAGCCUUCUCAAUAA